CUUUCCUUCAACCUCACCACCUGUGUCGAUACUCCAACCGACGAGGGAUAGUUCAAAACGACCAUGGCAGAACCAUCUCAGACGGCCGCUGAUCAGCAGCCUUCGAACAUGGCAGCAUCCUCCUCGACGGAGCCUGUCCGCAACUCCAAAUAUGACCCCAAGAAGCCCCAUAUCACCGAGGAGCCCAUCACUGCGGCCAAUUGGUACAAGCACAUCAACUGGCUCAAUGUUGUCAUGAUCAUUGGCAUCCCGCUGUACGGCAUGGUCAUGGCAUACUGGACUCCGCUUCAGUGGAAGACGGCUGUCUGGGCAUUUGCCUACUACUUCAUGACCGGUCUCGGCAUCACUGCUGGCUACCAUCGUCUCUGGGCCCAUAGCUCGUACUCGGCAACAACUCCCCUCAAGCUCUUCCUCGCUGCCAUGGGUGGCGGUGCCGUAGAGGGCUCCAUCAGAUGGUGGGCGAGGGACCACCGUGCUCACCACAGAUACACCGAUACCGACAAGGACCCAUAUUCCGUCCGCAAGGGCCUCCUGUACUCGCAUUUCGGCUGGAUGGUCAUGAAGCAGAACCCCAAGCGUAUCGGCCGUACCGACAUCACCGAUCUCAACGAGGACCCAAUUGUCGUGUGGCAACACCGCAACUACAUCAAGACCGUGAUCACCAUGGGCAUGAUCUUCCCCAUGCUCGUCUGCGGCCUCGGAUGGGGUGACUGGAUGGGCGGUUUCGUUUACGCUGGAAUUCUCAGAAUCUUCGUCGUCCAGCAGGCAACCUUCUGCGUCAACUCUCUUGCUCACUGGCUCGGUGACCAGCCAUUCGACGACCGCAACUCUCCGCGUGAUCACUUCAUCACUGCCAUCGUCACCCUCGGCGAAGGUUACCACAACUUCCACCACGAGUUCCCGUCCGAUUACCGCAAUGCCAUCACCUGGCACCAAUAUGAUCCCACCAAGUGGAGCAUCUGGAUGUGGAAGCAGCUCGGCCUCGCCUACGACCUCAAGCAGUUCAAGUCCAACGAGAUCGAGAAGGGCCGCGUCCAACAGCUCCAGAAGAAGCUCGACCAGAAGCGCGCCACUCUCAACUGGGGCAUCCCGCUCGAGCAGCUCCCCAUCAUCAGCUGGGACGACUACGUCAAGGAGGCCAAGGAUGGGCGUGCCCUCGUUGCUGUUGCCGGUGUCAUUCACGACGUUGGCGAUUUCAUCAAGGACCACCCUGGUGGCAAGGCUCUGAUCAACUCCGGUAUUGGAAAGGAUGCCACGGCUAUCUUCAACGGUGGCGUCUACAACCACUCCAACGCGGCACACAACCUGUUGUCGACGAUGCGUGUUGGUGUCCUCCGUGGAGGAUCUGAGGUCGAGAUCUGGAAGCAGGCUCAGCGCGAGAACAAGGAUAUCUCUUUCGUCAGCGACUCCGCUGGCAAGAAGAUCAUCCGCGCUGGCAGCCAGGUUACCCGCAUUGCGGAGCCGGUAGCAUCAGCAGAUGCCGCCUAGACGCCACACCGAUUAUAUUCGGCAUGGAUAGAUCAUGUAGCGGAGCUACAGUAACGACGACAACGGCCAGGGACGAACGAGGCGAGGAGUUACGUGGUGGCACAAACUUGAGAAACUGAUACUCAUGGUGGCCCCACAAUUUGUUUUGAGCGUUGGAAUGCGUAGAACUGGGAGGCGUUUCGGGAAAGGCUAAUUCACGAAUAUUGAAUCCUUGUACUUAGAUGUAUGACUUGGCGGCACCACUAUCCCCUUUGAAUGGGUUGUGGCGGGCUGGCUUUGGAGCAGCGAAUAGUUGACUCUCCUUUCAAAUAGAGAUAGGUUCUUAUCAAAAAAUGAUAUGAAAUUGAAAGACC